CUACCCUCAGCCAUCUCUUCUUCCUGUCCAAUGUUUUCAUUAAUCUCACGCUUUUCGAUCGGUAUUUUAAUUUUCUAUUGUUGUGAUACUUGCUAAAUGACGUCUUUUUCUCUUUUCACCUUGUUCUUGUCCUUUUUCAGCGAGAUGUGCGUCAAACUUCUUUUCCCAUUCAUCUUCCUCUUUCCUAGUAGACACUUCGCGCUGGCGACGGGAUGGAUCGGUUACUUUAACUGCUCAAUUCCAUUUCCCACUCGGAUCUUUAGGACCCCAGGAGUCGUUGGUGCGGAUCCGAAGGCAGAAGCAGAGGCGGAGACAGAGACACAAGCGGAGUUGCAAGCAGAAGCAAGCGGAGGAGGAGAGGUGGGUGUGUAUGUGUGCUAUCGAACUUGGUAUGAUAUUAUGGUCUUUGAUUUUGUUGGGUGGCCGCGGGAAACGGGAAUACAAAAAGCGAAGGGAUAUUUUAUCUGAGGUUACUUUGCGAAAAACGAAAAAAAGAAGAAACAAAACCACAAAACGGCCAACGGCGAGGAUUCUUUUGUAUUCUAUAUUCUCCUGGAACGUACCAAUAUCGAUACCCUUGUAACUUCAUGCGGUUUGUCUACUACAUACUAUGAAGUAGCGUUCUAUCAUCCGG